AUGUCAGAAAAGGAAGUGAGGGCGACAGAGGGAGAAGAGGAGGAGCAGGUGAAGCCAGACAGUAGGCUGAGAGCGGAGGAGGCGCAGGAGGUGCAGAUGGAAGACAACGAGACUGAGAACAUUAAGGAAACAAUGCCUGAUAAGCCAGAGGAAAAAGAAAAAACAAGUCUAGAGGACAGAGACGAGAAGAAAAAGAGUAGGAAGAGGCGAGCUGUGACCUGUCUGAUCCCGUCUACCUGGGUUGUGGGGGCGGGGCUGUAUUGCCCUCCGGUCCCUCUCCCCCUGCUUUACUCCUCACAACCUCCUGUCCCGAUCCAACCUGCACCUCCUCAGCGUCACGGGACAAAAAGGCCACACAGCCCUCUUCUCCCUCACAGUCUCCACCAGCAGGGCCCUCAGCCGCUCGAGAUGGAGAUAACCCAGGUCUACUCCACCCGACGCUCCAUCCGCUACAGCAGCAGGGGUCGAGGCCGCGCUCUGAGCUUCCCUCUGCCGCCGGGAUUAGAAACUGUGGACAACUGCCUGCUUCCCCCUGCACCGAAGAAGAAAACUCGAACGCUCUACAGUACUGAUCAGUUAGAGCAUUUAGAGGCCCUGUUCCAGGAGGACCACUAUCCGGACGCAGAGAAGAGGAAAGUCAUCGCUGCUUCAGUUGGUGUCACACCUCAAAGGAUUAUGGUCUGGUUUCAGAACCGCCGGGCUAAGUGGAGGAAGGUGGAGCGCUCGAUCACAGCAAGGGUUGAACACAGACAGAGCAGAGCUGGAUGCAGCAGCAGCAGCCCCCUACAUCACCAGAUCAAUCCCACCCUGCCCACACUGGCACCCAACAGUAAGGGCGUUCCUUGUUUUUCCAGUCACUUUGCCAAUAAGCUGCCCCAGGUCGCCCCUGCAGCACCUUCUUUCUCUAACCUGUCCCACCAGACUCCGCCCUCCUACAGCAACCUUCUGGCCAGCCUCAACAGCCCAGGUCAAUCCAGAGUGAGAGAUGUGGGCCAGCACCAGCUUUCAUCUCAGGGGGGGUUGGCAGAGUACCACCCCCGUCCCAUGCACAGCCCUCCCCCCUUGCGUCGAGCCAGUCUCCCACUUUUCACAACGACUUACAACCAGGCCAACCCAACUCCACCUCCGCCUCUCCUUAACACCCUGGCUCACACCCCACCUCUGUUCCUGGAUGCCCUGGAGGGAGGCUCCGCCUUGGCACACCGAGACAGCCAGUCUCUGCAGACUGACACCAGUUCUCUCUUUGACUUUGGGGAGAAGCUGGACUACCUGACCUCAGGCCAGCAGAACAACCCUCUCUCCUACCAGCUGCAGACCUCCUACUCUUCCGGCCAGCCCCAACAUCAACCUCAAGCAUCUCUGCCCCGCAUGGCCUACCUCACCCCCUCCCCCUACCUCACCCCUAACCCUCCAGAUUCCAAUUCUACCUCGUACCUGACCUUUGGCCCUGGAGGAAACUCCACUGGGAUGGUGACCUAUUCCACCGGAGGCCACACUUACUUCCAAUCCCAGAGCACUGGACAAAUCCUGCUGCAGUCGGCUGGUCAUCACGGAGGGAUCACAGCGUACCAGUCGUACCCGUGGGGUAACAUGUACAGUCAACCGGCCAUCCACCAGCGUACCCAGUGCCCUCCAACUUACCCCGGCUUGGAAGGUACCAGAGAUCACCAUCCGACCUCCUCCACCACCCUGCCUCCACCUUCAUUCUUCACCCGGGGGGACCACGGCUCCUCACACGUAAACUCCCAGUGCUCGUCACACACCCAUACACACACCUCCACCAGCAGCAACAGCGCCGUCCUCCCUCCUGUCUCCACCCUGCGGCCCUCGAGGCUCAGAGCGGAGAUUACUCCGACCAAGGCUGCAUCCCUGCUGUCCUCUCAGGUCAGCCCUGCCUCUCCAGACAGCUCUCCGCUACCCCCUUGUGUCAAAAUUGAGUAUGACAGCCCUCGAGAGAUUCACAGCCACUUCCACUGCGAAUUCUCCCCCAUACAUUUUUGACUCCAUGUUUUUCUGUGUGAGAGAGUGUGAUUGAAGUAUCGUUGUUAAUAUAUCUGUGUAAAUGUAGGUAUUUCUGUAUUUGUAUAACUAUUAGGAUGUUCUCAGUAGAAAUAUUAAUGUAAGCUGCUUGGCUGCAAUAAAUGCUCAUUGUUCUGUUAAUCCUUUA